UCUACCUUUCUUUUUCUCGCUGAUAUCUGCCAUUUCAUUUGUAUAUGUGGCAGCUGCGGGUGUUGUAGAAUUUUUCGUAAUUUCUCCACAUAUUAGAGAAGUUAUCAAGCCCUAUUUUUCCUUAAUGUAGAAAUAAAUCGAUUGUACUGCGAUUUCAAAGAGUCGCGUGUAAUAUAAAUCGGUCUAGUUAGAGUGAAGAUCUAGCAGCCAUGGCGCAAGUAUUGCCUAUUAGGUUCCAGGAGCACCUGCAGCUCACAAAUGUUGGCAUCAAUCCAGCAUCCAUUUCUUUCAACACCCUCACAAUGGAGUCGGACAAGUUCAUCUGUGUUCGUGAGAAAGUGGGGGAGACGGCAGAGGUGGUGAUCAUUGACAUGGCAGACCCCACCAAUCCUAUAAGGAGGCCUAUCAGUGCUGAUUCAGCCAUCAUGAAUCCAGCCAGCAAGGUUAUUGCACUGAAGGGGAAGGCUGGUGUUGAAGCCCAAAAGACACUACAAAUCUUCAACAUCGAGAUGAAGUCCAAAAUGAAGGCCCACACCAUGACCGAAGACGUGGUGUUCUGGAAGUGGAUAUCGCUGAACACACUGGCCUUGGUGACCAAGAUGUCGGUGUACCACUGGUCCAUGGAGGGCGACUCCACGCCCGUGAAGAUGUUCGAUCGGCACUCUUCGCUCGCCGACUGUCAGAUCAUCAACUACAGAACCGAUCCGAAGCAGCAGUGGCUACUGCUUGUUGGUAUCUCCGCCCAGCAGAACCGUGUGGUAGGCGCCAUGCAGCUCUAUUCCGUAGAGCGCAAGUGCUCACAGCCUAUCGAGGGUCACGCAGCCUCCUUUGCCACGUUCAAGGCCGAAGGCAAUGCUGAACCCUCGACGCUGUUCUGUUUCGCGGUGCGGACCGCGCAGGGCGGCAAACUGCACGUCAUUGAGGUUGGCCAGACACCAGCGGGCAACCAGCCGUUUCCCAAGAAGGCCGUGGACGUGUUCUUCCCGGCGGAGGCGCAGAACGAUUUCCCCGUCGCCAUGCAGGUCUCCCCCAAAUAUGACGUCAUCUAUCUCAUCACUAAAUACGGGUACAUCCACAUGUACGACAUCGAAACCGGGACCUGUAUCUACAUGAACCGCAUCUCUUCUGACACCAUCUUCGUGACGGCCCCCCACGAAGCCACUGGUGGCAUCAUUGGCGUGAACCGCAAAGGCCAAGUCCUCUCCGUAACGGUGGAAGAGGACUCCAUCGUCCCCUACAUCAACACGGUGCUGCAGAACCCAGAGCUGGCCCUGCGGCUGGCCGUGCGCAACAACCUGGCGGGGGCUGAAGAGCUGUUUGUCAGGAAGUUCAACAUGCUUUUCACCAAUGCACAGUAUGGCGAGGCCGCUAAGGUGGCAGCUAUGGCCCCGCGAGGCAUCCUUCGCACCCCGCAGACCAUCCAGCGUUUCCAGCAAGUGCCAACCCAGCCAGGACAGACGUCCCCCCUACUCCAGUACUUCGGAAUCCUGCUCGACCAGGCGCAGCUCAACAAGUUCGAGUCGCUCGAGCUGUGCAAACCGGUGUUGUUGCAAGGUCGCAAGCAGCUGCUGGAAAAGUGGCUAAAGGAAGAGAAGCUGGAAUGCUCAGAGGAGCUCGGAGACCUGGUGAAGCAAGUGGACCCCACGCUGGCUCUCUCAGUGUACCUGCGGGCCAAUGUGGCCAGCAAGGUCAUCCAGUGCUUCGCCGAGACAGGACAGUUCCAGAAGAUUGUGCUGUACGCUAAGAAGGUGGGCUACACGCCCGACUACAUAUUCCUGCUGCGCUCCGUGAUGCGCACCAACCCCGAGCAAGGCGCCGGCUUCGCGGGCAUGCUGGUGGCCGAGGACCCGCCGCUGGCCGACAUCAACCAGAUCGUGGACGUGUUCAUGGAGCAGAACAUGGUGCAGCAGUGCACCGCCUUCCUGCUGGACGCGCUCAAGAACAACCGCCCGGAGGAGGGGCCGCUGCAAACCAGGUUGCUGGAGAUGAACCUGAUGUCAGCUCCGCAAGUGGCGGACGCGAUCCUCGGCAACGCCAUGUUCACGCGCUACGACCGCGCGCACGUGGCGCAGCUGUGCGAGAAGGCCGGCCUGCUGCAGCGCGCGCUCGAGCACUACACCGACCUGUACGACAUCAAGCGGGCUGUGGUCCAUACCCACCUGCUUUCAGCCGAGUGGCUGGUCACCUACUUCGGCAGCCUGUCUGUCGAGGAUUCCCUCGAGUGCCUCAAGGCCAUGCUCCAAGCCAACAUACGGCAGAACCUGCAGAUCUGCGUGCAGAUCGCCACCAAGUACCAUGAGCAGCUGACAACGAAGGCGCUCAUUGAGUUGUUUGAGAGCUUCAAGACUUAUGAGGGGCUGUUCUAUUUCCUGGGAUCUAUUGUCAACUUCAGCCAGGAUCCGGAAGUCCACUUCAAGUAUAUUCAGGCUGCUUGCAAGACCGGUCAGAUCAAGGAGGUGGAGCGCAUCUGCCGCGAGUCCAACUGCUACAACGCCGAGCGCGUCAAGAACUUCCUCAAGGAAGCCAAGCUGCCCGACCAGCUGCCGCUCAUCAUCGUCUGCGACCGCUUCGACUUCGUGCACGACCUCGUGCUGUACCUCUACAGGAACAGCCUGCAGAAGUACAUCGAGAUCUACGUGCAGAAGGUGAACCCGUCGCGUCUGCCGGUGGUAGUCGGCGGUCUCCUGGACGUGGACUGCACCGAGGAUAUCAUUAAGAACCUCAUAUUGGUUGUGCGAGGACAGUUCUCCACUGACGAGCUCGUGGCCGAGGUUGAGAAGAGAAACAGACUGAAGCUGCUGCUGCCGUGGCUAGAAACCCGCGUGCACGAGGGCUGCAACGAGCCCGCCACGCACAACGCGCUCGCCAAGAUCUACAUCGACUCCAACAACAACCCCGAGCGCUUCCUCAAGGAGAACCAAUGGUACGACUCCCGCGUAGUCGGAAAAUACUGCGAAAAACGCGAUCCCCACCUCGCUUGUGUCGCUUACGAACGCGGACAGUGCGAUAGAGAGCUCAUCGCCGUGUGCAACGACAACUCGCUGUUCAAGACGCAGGCGCGCUACCUCGUGCGCCGCCGCGACCAGGAGCUGUGGCUCGAGGUGCUCGCCGAGUCCAACCCCUACAAGCGGCAGCUCAUCGACCAGGUCGUCCAAACCGCUCUCUCAGAAACGCAAGACCCAGAAGAUAUCUCCGUGACAGUGAAGGCUUUCAUGACCGCCGACCUGCCCAACGAGCUCAUCGAGCUGCUCGAGAAGAUCGUGCUCGACAACUCCGUGUUCUCCGACCAUAGGAACCUGCAGAACUUGCUUAUCUUGACAGCAAUAAAGGCGGACCGCACGCGCGUGAUGGAGUACAUCAACCGCCUGGACAACUACGACGCGCCCGACAUCGCCAACAUCGCCAUCAACAACGAGCUCUACGAGGAGGCCUUCGCCAUCUUCAAGAAGUUCGACGUUAACACUUCUGCUAUUCAGGUGUUAAUAGAACAAGUGAAGGACCUGGAGCGCGCGAACGAAUUCGCCGAGCGCUGCAACGAGCCCGGCGUGUGGUCGCAGCUCGCCAAGGCGCAGCUCCAGCAGGGCCUCGUGAAGGAAGCCAUCGACUCCUACAUCAAGGCCGACGACCCCUCCGCCUACAUGGACGUGGUCGCCACCGCCACGCAGGAGCAGUCGUGGGACGAUCUCGUCAGAUAUUUACAGAUGGCCCGCAAGAAGGCUCGCGAAUCCUACAUCGAAUCGGAGCUCAUCUACGCAUACGCCCGCACCGGCCGCCUGGCCGACCUGGAGGAGUUCAUCUCCGGGCCCAACCACGCCGACAUACAGAAGAUCGGCGACCGCUGCUUCGACGACAAGAUGUACAACGCAGCGAAGUUGCUGUAUAACAACGUCAGCAAUUUCGCCCGCCUCGCCAUCACGCUCGUGCACCUCAAGGAGUUCGCAGGCGCGGUGGACAGCGCGCGCAAGGCCAACUCGACGCGCACGUGGAAGGAGGUGUGCUUCGCGUGCGUGGACGCCGGCGAGUUCCGCCUGGCGCAGAUGUGCGGCCUGCACAUCGUCGUGCACGCCGACGAGCUCGAGGACCUCAUCAACUACUACCAGGAUCGAGGCCACUUCGACGAGCUGAUCAGCCUGCUGGAGGCGGCGCUGGGACUGGAGCGCGCACACAUGGGCAUGUUCACGGAGCUCGCCAUCCUCUACUCCAAGUACAAGCCCGCCAAGAUGCGCGAGCACCUCGAGCUGUUCUGGUCCAGGGUCAACAUCCCCAAGGUGCUGCGCGCGGCCGAGCACGCGCACCUGUGGUCGGAGCUGGUGUUCCUGUACGACAAGUACGAGGAGUACGACAACGCCGCGCUCACCAUGAUGCAGCACCCCACCGAGGCCUGGCGCGAGGGACACUUCAAGGACAUCAUCACUAAAGUAGCAAACAUGGAGCUAUACUACCGUGCUAUCCAAUUCUACCUGGACUACAAGCCGCUCCUCCUCAACGACCUGCUGCUGGUGCUGGCGCCGCGCAUGGACCACACGCGCGCCGUGAGCUUCUUCACCAAGGCCGGCCACCUGCAGCUGGUCAAGGCCUACCUGCGCUCCGUGCAGAGCCUCAACAACAAGGCCGUCAACGAGGCGCUCAACUCGCUGCUCAUCGACGAGGAGGACUACCAGGGACUACGGACAUCGAUAGACGCUUUCGACAACUUCGACACGAUUGCGCUCGCGCAGCAACUGGAGAAACACGAGCUCACCGAGUUCAGAAGAAUCGCCGCGUACCUAUACAAAGGAAACAACCGGUGGAAGCAGUCGGUGGAGCUGUGCAAGAAGGACGCGCUGUACGCGGACGCCAUGGAGUACGCGGCCGAGUCGCGCCAGCCCGACGUGGCCGAGGAGCUGCUGGACUGGUUCCUGCAGCGUGACAACUACGAGUGCUUCUCCGCCUGCCUCUACCAGUGUUACGACCUAUUGAAACCCGACGUCGUCAUCGAGCUAGCGUGGAGGCAUAACAUUAUGGACUUCGCCAUGCCUUUCCUCAUCCAGACUGUCCGCGAGCUGACGACGAAAGUGGAGAAGCUGGAAGAGGCGGACGCCAAGCGCAGCACCGAGAGCGCCGAGAACGACACCAAGCCCGCCAUGAUGAUGGAGCCGCAGCUCAUGCUCACCGCCGGCCCGUCCAUGGCGUACCCCGGCGUGCCGGCGCAGGCGUCGCCCUACGCGUACGCCGCGCAGGCGCCGUCGCCCGCGCCCUACCACGGCUACGGCAUGUAGGGCUCCGGCGUGCCGGCGCAGGCGUCGCCCUACGCGUACGCCGCGCAGGCGCCGUCGCCCGCGCCCUACCACGGCUACGGCAUGUAGGGCUCCGGCGUGCCGGCGCAGGCGUCGCCCUACGCGUACGCCGCGCAGGCGCCGUCGCCCGCGCCCUACCACGGCUACGGCAUGUAGGGCUCCGGCGUGCCGGCGCAGGCGUCGCCCUACGCGUACGCCGCGCAGGCGCCGUCGCCCGCGCCCUACCACGGCUACGGCAUGUAGGGCUCCGGCGUGCCGGCGCAGGCGUCGCCCUACGCGUACGCCGCGCAGGCGCCGUCGCCCGCGCCCUACCACGGCUACGGCAUGUAGGGCUCCGGCGUGCCGGCGCAGGCGUCGCCCUACGCGUACGCCGCGCAGGCGCCGUCGCCCGCGCCCUACCACGGCUACGGCAUGUAGGGCUCCGGCGUGCCGCGCUAGCCGCCCCGCCACUUCUGAGCACCCGACCGCCGCACCAGGACCCUAAUGGAACAAGGAACCCACCACCGAUAUUCAUUCCACUUUUAUCUCGGCUCUACGCCCAAAUUCAUUCAAAAUCCUUUGGACGUUACGUCAGCGUGUAAUGUCAUAUUACUAACAUUUAUUCUAACGUAGGGUCUAAGUUAUUUUUGUAACGCUACCCUAGGUAGAUUGUAAAGCCCGGAUAAAAGUGACCGAACACCUGGAGUUGCGAUGGAAGGCGAACAUGGCGUCUCUCGCUGUUCUCGGCUAGAAAAUAGGGGAGAACACGUACACUGAUAGUGUUCCGAACGCUACUCAUGAUUAUUACGAAUUUGAACGUUGCAGCGAUGAAAAUAAGAUUCAUUCUUAUUUUACCUCCCGCCCCCCGUCGUAACCCUAGGAAUGGAACGUGAAAAUGGCAAUCGAAUGCGAGUAGCGCAGUAGCAAAUCUCGAUCGUCAUUUCGCGUAUACGGCAAGUUCCGGUGGAGCCUCGGACCCGCGGUCUCGUUGGAUGUAAAGACGCAACAGAUAUGGUCUCUAUGCACUUCCGACCGGAGUUGUCCCGUUCCGCCGGCUAUGUAUGAUAACUGAAAACUCCCGCGCCCCUGCCGAGGCCUAAGUUAAACUAGUAUUCUAUUUAGUAUUCUCAUUUUGUAAAAAGUUAUUUACGUCGUAAGUGCAUAGAUAUACCUUUAAGAUUUACGAAUAGAUUAGCGGUUGGGCUGACAACUAGAACUAUAUAAAAUGUUGGCCUGUACAAAAUUAUAAUAUAUUUGAUGGUGAAGUAGCUCUCGUGACUACAAAGUGCUUUAUUUUUAAAAUGGAAUGAGAGUUUUAACAGAUGAUCGGUCUGUUGGGCUUGAGUAGUUGUCGCGUUAGGCCGCGCGCACACGACCUUACCACCGCGAGUUAGAGACGCGGCGCUAUAGGGUGUCCGCAUGCGCGAGAUUAUGUAAUCGUUAAUGUUUACAACCAAUGUUACGGUGUAGCUUGCCAUGUGGGUGGACUGUUAAUAGUUGAUCAUUCAGCUUAUAUAAUGACACAUCUAUCGAAGCUAUUGUGCAUAACGUUCAAUUUAUCGUAGUAUGCUGCGGUGGCAGCAUGGUUCCAUUUUUAUCACUUGUCACUAUGUUCGUCACUUUCGCGCUUACAUACUUGUUAGAAACAGGCAUGGUGGCAAAUGAUAAAGAGCUGUCCAUCUUACCCUACAGUGGGGCUAAGAUGGUCGGCUCUUUAUCAUUUGUCACCAUGCCUGUCACGUUCUAACAAAUAUGUAAGUGCGAAAGUGGCGCAUGACAUGACAGGUGAUAAAAAUGCGACCAUGAUACCGCUGCUGGAGUAACAUUAUAUCUCGUUCAUAUGUUUAUAACCGAAAGGCCAAGGUACCUAAAUGUUGUUUAGAGUGUCCAUAUGUGGAGCCGCGAGCCGCCAGUAGCGAAUGACGUCCGAAAUUUAAAUUAAUAAAUUAUUGAAAUUAAUACUUUAUUUAAUCAAAUUGUAUGUUAGUUUUCAUUUAUUAUUUUUAUAUUACUGAAAAGACUCAUAAUAGUUGAAAUGUUCAUAUAAACAGAUCUAAAAAAUCAAUCGAACAAUAAUUUUUAAAAUAGUGCAAUAAUAAUACUUAAAUCAUAUUAUAAAAAAUACCAACGAAUAAAUGCAUGCACGAAAAUUAUCUUCAAUAUUAAUGUACAAAAACACGAUAUUUCGGGAGUUGACCGCGUUUGUAUGUAUAUAAUGCUUUCACAUGUUUAGACUCCGCCAGAACUGGCCGAUUACAGGAAAUACUUGAGGUUACGAGUAUCGUAACGGUUUCAUAAUUUCUAGAUACGUUAGGUUUAGUUUAGGCGAAAUUAGUGGUACGAUGUUAUUUUUGAGUAAAAUGUUGAACCGUGUGCGAGGUUUAGAACACGCUUUAGUUGCGUCCGUAUCGCACUGGGAAUGAUGCCUUCGCUAGAUAAGUCAAAUAUAUCUCUCUCUUAUGAAGCGGCCGAACUCGCUGUUACUGCGAAUAUUAGCGCAAAACAGGUACAUCCUGUGCUGACUAUAUUCGCUAGUGGGCUUGUAUGUGUCGGCCCGCGAGGCACUCUGGGGAACUCUAGCCUUAUAUGUACGUUACAUUUUUGUAUACACAUUAUUAUUUCGAGAUAUUCAUAUUUUACCCAGUUUUAUGCGGAAUGACCCCAGAAAUGCCUUAUUAUUCUUAGAAUACGUAGAUUGCAUUCAUUUGUAAUACAUUCUGUAUCUCAAAAUCGUGCAGUCGCAGACAAAUCAGCUUAAUGUAUUAAAUAGGACGAAUAAUGGUUUUCAGAUACAGAAUUGUUACUUAUUGCAUAAUGCGGGUUGCAAAUAAAUCAUUGAUGUUAAAAUGAUUCAUUCAAAUCAUUCCUAUCACAUUAUGAUAAUAAUAAUAGCAAUUGUUAUAUGUUCAUUUUGUUUCGUAAUAAUACAUCUUUAACAUAAACUUUGGAAAUAAAGUUUAUUGUUCUAUUAUUAAUAUUGUAUUUAUUCAUGUAUGAUAAUGUUUUCCUGAAUUUUAUUAUAGUAAGAAAUAAAUAUUAAUAAACUUA